CUCCGCAGUACCGAAAGGCGGCGGUCGCCACGACCGGGGCGGGCGGUGGGGCGGACGCCAAGAGCCAACGACUGGCGCGGGCGGCCUCAGCGCCAGUGCCCAGAGCGAGCCGAGGCGCGACUCGCGGUAGUAGCAAACAAUCCUCCUCUUCCUUCUCCCGCCUCCCCUCCCUCUCCCUCAGAGCACCCCCACCUCGCGUGCCUUAUCACGCCGGGGGUGGUGCCACAGCUUGCCACCGCCCCUGCCCCUGUCUGCCGCUCUCAGUCAUGCUCGACGAGCGGUCGCAAAACCUGAUGCUCGCCGCGAUCGACGACGACAUCGACGUCGCGCAGCUCGAGGAGGAGCUCGCGGAGCUGCACGGCGCCGCUCCCGACGGAGGCGAGGCGACGUCGCCGGAGCGAGGGCGGCCGCUCGGCGCGCCGCCGCGGAGCAAGCAGGAGGAGUUCCAGGGCCCGCCGCUGGUGGGGAGCCCGCUCUAUGAUGCGGGCAAGGCGAGCGCCGCGGCGGACAAGGCGCCGAAGGGCACGCCGAUGAAAGGGGCGCUCGCCCCGGGUGCGAAGAGCGCGGCGGGAGGAUCGCCGCCGGUCGCAAAGAAGAAGAAGGGCGGCCUUUUUGGCAGAAAGUAGACCAGCACUGACGAGAUGGCCCGUUGCCUCCUCCCUCCAGAUCGCGACACGCGUCGCUUUUAAUCACGAGCGUGUCCGUGCGAGAUUGGCAGGCUGCAGGCUUGCGCUGGCGAGUAUUGUUUAAAUAUCUUUUUCCAUCUUAUUUUAUGAUUGAAGAUUG